CCAGAAAGAUUCAACCGGAAUUCCGAUGCUAAACCAAGUUAUGGUUGCAACUAGAGGUGCCACAAAUGCUUUCUCCGGUGUAGGAAGGAAUGUCAAUAACUCUUUGCGGCGUUUGGGGGCAAAGAACAUUGAAGUUGGCAUUGGAUGUGGAAUAGGCUUUGGCCAUGGCUUUGGUAUUGGUCUUGCUGUUAAGCCCGGAGUGGUACAGAAGAUUCAAUCAUGUCUCAUUCAACUCGCGGCAAAAGCUAUGAUGAAGUUUGGGCCGUCUUUCAACAUGCCUGUUGUUGUUGCUCAAGGCAUUGUUCCUAAAUCUAUUCAAAGUGGCAGUCCUUUGGGAAACAUAAUGCCGUUACAGUCUAUGGCCGUAGAGAAUUUCUUUCCUAAAGAUGGGAAUUUGAGCUCUUUCUCCUCUUCUUUGGGAACGCCGGGUUUGGGGAAAAAUCCCUCAAAUGCAUCACAUAGCAGCCGGAUGGAUACGGUCAUCAGCAACUUCUUGCAGAGCCCACUCUUAAAGGAUGGAGAGAAUAGCGGGCAUGAGUUGGUUGAGCGCUUAAGGUUGGAGAACGACUUGCUUCAAAUGGUGCUGAAACACCAACAAGCGAUUGAAGAGCUGACACGACAAACCCAGAAACUGCGCGAAAUUCUGGUGGAGGAUUUGAAGGUGUCGCCCUCCAAGCUCCGAGGCGGCUCCUCCUCCUCCUCCGGUGGAGGAAGCAAAUCUCCGCCGUGCACUGAUUGUUUUGACUGCCGCCGGAGACAACGGAGACGGUGAAUGAGGAAAAGCUCCAGUUUUAGUAAUCAGAAGCCAUUGAAAAUCUAUACUAGGGAUAUUAUAUGGGCAGCAAAGAGACUAAUAAUCAUAUGUUCAUUUA